AUGAGCAGCCGCCCUUCUGUGGACGAACUUGUGGUUCACUUCCGCGGCUUGCGCAUUUCAGUUUCUGAGUCUGCUGCUGCUUCGGGCCCGGAUUCGCCCGAUCCCUCGCCGACUGGUUCCUUUACCUUGGUGGAGGCCCCGACUUCAAGCUCCCAGGCUGUUUCUGGACCCCUUGCUAGGGAAGCGCCACCGCUUCCCGAGGAGCUCAGCGCGCCUUCGGCUGCUGAGGACUUGCUAGAGGCGACUUCUCCAGCGGAGCUGGAGGGAUUGCGUCUGGGCCCUUUCUGCCGGCUGGGCCGUGGGCUUGGUGUUGUGGGAUCUUGGACACAGCGGGCAAGGAUAGCCCGCGCUUAUCGCGCUGGCCUUUCUGCUGGCGCCAGGCUGCGCGGUGAACGGGACUGGAUCGUUUCAAGUCCGGCCUUGUCGCUGCGGAAUCGGAUCUACAUCGUUCUCCGCUGCGAUUCUCAGCCCGAGGGCUUUGUGACAGAGCGCUUCAGCACUUUUGAGCUCUACGUGCGGCGCGAUCGGCAAGGUCGCUUGGAGCCGUGGUGCAUUUGCCACGGCUUUGCCUCUCGCUCGGAAGCUGAGGCCUACUUGGGCGGAGCGGAGCCGCUUCCUUUGGUGUACUUAGUCGACGACGACAGCUCUCCCCGGACCCGGAUCACAGCCUUCUUGCUGAAACACCGAGCUGGAGGUUUCAUGAUCGCGCUGCCCCACACGACUCAGGUUCACGAUCUGAUCAGCGGUUUUUCAACAGAGGCUGGGGACAACCCACUGGGCUUCACCGAGGUCGACAUCGAGUGCGAGACCCCGCGUCGCAGGCCUGUCGGGCAGGUGAGCUUGAUUUUUGUGGACGUGCCGUGGGACUGGCUAGGCUACUUCAGGAAGGGGUCUACUUUGAGGUCCAGUACUUUGGCUUUGGUUUCCAUACAAUCUGGCGGCGCCGUCGUACGCCCCGUGGCCUCUGCUGCCCUUACCGCGGCCGACGCUUGGAUCACCGCUGCAGCUGCAGAGCCGGAUCUUCAGGAGUCUAUGGCCGAGUACGCUACAGCCGCCGAGGGAGCCGAAGAGCCCGAGGAACCCGAGGCCGACGAGGAGGACGAAGGCGGUCACGUUGCCGAGCUGGCCAAACUCAGGGCUCAGGUCGCCGCUUUGGAAAGAGCUGCUCAGAGCAACCCUUUGCCCCUGGGUGGCCAAGCUCGAGGUUCGGUCGGCGCUGGGCGGCGUGGUGCUCGCGACCUUUUUCCGGAAGCUGGUGGUAUAGGCUUGAGCAAUGCGGACCUAGAUCAGCUUCGAGCUGCGGCUGGGGCGGCCCCGCCCAGGAUUGCUCAGCACGAGCGUGCGCCCCGAGAAGCCGGCGCGGCCCAGGCGGAUGGAUUGCUUGCCGAGCUCGACGCAGAGGCUGCUCAGGACGAACUGGCGGUGACGGGGGCGGAUCCUUUGCUGCAGCGUCUCUUGAUCAUUCAGACCCGGAUGCUGGGACAAUUGGCUGCCUCGAAACCGCAGGGGCCGCUCGAGAGUGCAUUGGCUUCCGCCGGGGGCAAAGAAGCAGGCAACUUGAAUGCGCGCGGCAGCGCGGCCAGGGACGCUUUCGUCAAGAUCCUCAAGGACCACUCUCAGGUGGCUUCACAGAUCCGCCGGCUGGUGGCCGAAGAUGUGGGCGAGUCGGUCGAGGAUCCGCCCCACAGCCUUAUGCGGCGUUACAUCGAAAGGAGGUGUCCCCUGGGGGACCAUCGAACGCUCGGUCUCAUCGGGACCUUUGCAGCUCAGGCAUGGCAGGCUUCGAGAGAGUCCGGGAAUCUGGAGCUCGAGGCAUGGAUGGCUCGAUUGAUCCUCUUCGUCGACCAGGCCGGGACCGAGAGUGGCAAAACGCAGCUAGCCUGGCUGCUCACCGGGCUCCCGGAACCGUCGUGGAGCACCAUGAUGCGCGAAAAGCUGCCCUUCCCUGUGGGCUUCGGCCAACUUAGCUUACCUUCGGGAGAUGGACUGGCUUGCGACUCGAAUGAACGCGGGCCCGGGGAACACGAAGGAUCAGGGGAAGGACGGCGAGCUCGCCGAGGACGAUGCAGUUCCCGGCCGCCCACCGAGAAGGCCACGUCGGCCGAAGGGCGGCGGUCAGGACUCCACAGCGUGAUGCCACGAGAUGGAAGUGCAUGCCCGGCUGCUGGAGUGGAGCUCUUGCAGCCUGAUGAUAAUUCGACGGCAUUUUCUUUUGACCCGGCUGGGGCGAAGCCCUCAGCGGCGCGGGCAGGGCGAGACGUGCUUUAUCAGUUGGGCGAUUUGUGGCCGGUCCCGAUGCCCGCACGGGCUCGAUGGACGGCUCAAUCCUUCUGCUCCCUUGGGCCACACCGGCGCCGCCGCGCUCGGGUUCACCAGCUAGCUUGGGACUUAGUUAGGCUUCAGGUUGGGUGCUUAAAUUGGCUCGCCCUUGGCUGCCCUAAUGUUCCUCCUAGCUCUGCUUGCGCACGCGGCGCCCCCGUGACUGAGAGCCAGCACUCUGUGGUUGACACGUUGGAGCGGCACUCCCUGCAUUUCUUGCGGGCCGGGCGCUUCAGUGCAUCUUCUUUGGGACGCAGUGCCGAAAAAUUUGACCUUUUGUUGCGCAUGGUCUUGGAACUGCCUCAGUGUGACACCCGUUGCCCUGUGGAUGUGGACCGCAUGCUCACCCAAUUUGUUUCUGCAUUGCAUGCUGAUUGGGACUCGUACUCCCGGCCUCGUGCCCCCAACGCCCCUCAAACUUCUGCAUCAUCUCAGGCUGCGGCUUCGGAAGAGGCCGGGGGUGGUGCUCCUGAGUCGGGUGCUCUUGGGUCGUGCGCUCUUGGGCCCGGGCUGUCGAGCAAGAAAGUGAUUGCUGACCGGAUUAAGUGGACCCUGCCGCCUAGCUUCGAUCCUCGCCCCUUCUUGUCGGAUCCGGCUGCUAGGAUGCUCUAUGACGAUCCUAAUGCUUUUAGGCUGCCUGCUUCUGCUUGGCCACGCCUGCCUCGUGCACAGGUUCAUUGCUCCAGGAACGAAUUGCUCAAGCUUGCUGCCAAGUGGGACGAGCACCAGGCACUUCGACUCGUUCCGUGUGAUCAAGUUCCCUUUCAUGAGACUGUGGGUUGCUUUAGUGUGAGCAAGGACAGUGCAUGUGAUAGGUUCAUCCUUAACCCUGUUGUGGCUAACUCCCGCACCCACGGCCUUAGUCAUUUCACAAAGCUUCUUGCGCCUGGUGCUUUGCUAGCCUUGGCUCACUUGCCAUCUGAUAGGCACAUGCUUCGGUUCAAUUGUGACGACCUUUCGGAAAUGUAUUACACGUUCCUAGUUUCUUCGAAAAGGGCUGAACGUAACAGCCUUGGGAUCCCUUUCUCCCCUUGGGAACUUCAGCAUUUCAGCGUUUUCGAUUCAAAACUUCACAAUAAACCUUGCUAUGUCGCCCUUGGGGCUUUGGCUAUGGGUGACUGUCAUGCUGUCGAAUUCGCGCAGCAAAGCCACUUCAAUGUGUUAUCCACGCUCGCUUGCAGCAUGAGGCCUUAUGAGUACGCCGCAUACAGGCGUCCGUAUCCCCGCAGCGCUUGCACCGAACUCCUUGCCAUAGACGAUCAUCUUACAGCUCAGCUCUGCACCCGUGAGGAGCACCGGCUUGGUCGCGCUCUCCGAGACACUGCUAUCUUCAAUGGUGCCGAACGUGCUUAUCCUUCCGUUGGGCUUGUGCAACAUCCGCGCAAAAGGCAAAGGAAUGUAGUGGCUGGGACUUUUCUCGGCGCUGACAUUGAUGGCUUGGCGGGCCUUGUAUCUGCCCCUCGGCACCGCAUUGGAGUGCUUAUGAGGAUCACCUGCACUGUGGCUAGGAAGGGCUGCUGUUCGGCUGACUUGUUGUCUUCGCUUUUGGGGCUUUGGAUCCAUGUUCUACUUUUCCGUCGCCCCGCUUUGGCAAUCUUGCAAGCCGUAUUUUCCGAUGCUCGCCGGGAGCCUCGGACCUCUGUGUUUCAGCUGCAGCGGGAGUCCAUCAACGAGCUCUUUGCUCUGUGCGCCCUGGCGCCCUUACUGCAAGCCGACUUGCGGGUCGAUUACCCCGGCCUCUUGUUCUGCAUGGAUGCUUCGCCUACGGGUGCUGGCCUGUGCUCUGCUGUGCUGCCCAGCGCGACCGUGAAAGAACUUUGGCGUUUUUCGGAGCAGAAGGGUUUUUACACCAAGUUGCUUGAGCCUGCUGGGGCUAUCCUUGCCAGCUCUGGUCUUGACGAUGAUCCCGGCGUCAGCUUUGCUUCUGCCUUGGGCCCUGCUACGGCCUCCGGUUUCGCCUUUGGUUCCGAGCCCUUGCCGCUCCGCCCUGCUGUGCUUAAGACUGCUGGUUGCUUGCACCUGUUCGGCACCGACCCUGGUUGGCGUGAUGCUCAUCUUGCUGCUGGCCUUCAGGAUGUUCCGCUUCUCGACUUCGGCCUUUCGGAACAGCUCUGUUUUGCUGAUCUUGCCUCUGACGCGGUCUUUCACAACUUGCGCGCUCUCCUCACUGAGGGCGUCUUUUUUGACCUUCACGUGACGGCCCCGGCGCAUACCUAUAUGCCUGGAGCCGCCGGUCUCGAGGUUGCUUCCUCGGCUGCACGCUUGGCUCGACGGCUUUGCUUUCUGCUGUGCCUCGCUGUCUCUUCCGGUGUCUACUUCAGUGUUGAGCAGCCCCUUGAAAGCCGCUUGUUCCGCUUUCACUGUUUUCGGAACCUCGUCGGCUUGGGCGCUGUCCUUUCCUACGUCUGCACCUGUGAUUUCGGCGCACCGUUCAAGCGAUCCGUCGCGCUGUUGCACAACAAGCCUUGGCUUGUGGGUUUAGGUCGGUCUCCCGGUGUCUGCCACUGCCCGGCGUCUUCGCUUCACUUUCCUGCUUUUGGCGUCUUUUCUUCGGCCAGCUUGCAAGAGUUUGAGGCUCGGUGCACUCCGUCAGCUCUCGCCGUCUUUGGUGAGUCGCCUGCCGUGGGCGAUUCGGUUGAGCUCUUCUGCUCUCGGUUGCCUUGUGCGCUGCACUUCCGUGCAGCUUCAGGUUCCGCCUUAGCUACUCAAGGUUACGUCGCCCCUGUGCCGGCUUCUCUUUCCCUCGACACCCUUAGGGAUUUGGGUUUUUCCGGUUUAGGCCCCGAUUUCUUGCCCUCUGACUGCACAGGCUUCGAACCGCGCCCCUUCCACGACGACCCGGAAUGGAUCGGCGAGCUGGCAGACUGCUUGGAGUUCGUUGAGUUGCUGAGGUACAAGUUCGCUGCACCGGGGCACAUCAACAUUCUUGAGUGCCGCGCUUACAAAACGUGGAUCAAGUGGUGUGCAAAGCGGCACCGCGGCUGUCGUCUGCUCGGUCUCAUCGACAGCCGUGUUCUCUUGGGGGCUGCCGCCAAAGGCCGCUCUGCCAGUGCGGCUGUCUGUCGUGUCCUGCGUUCCACCUUGCCUUACGUCCUCGGUUCUUCGUUGUACCCUGGCGGGCUCCACGUUUACUCCGCUAAGAAUCGUGCCGACGGCCCCUCAAGAGGCAGCCGCCCCUUGGCUCCUUCUAAAGCUUGGCCUUCCUGGCUCACUUCUCUGGUUUCGGGUGACACGCGCCCCUUUGACUUGGUUUGCGCUGCUGCUGCCGUCCCGCGUCGCCUGGGUCGUUGGGUGCGGUUGUUCCUUCUGCUUGCUGGCGACGUUGAGCGCAAUCCCGGCCCCAGGCACUCGGGCGCGCCCAGAGGCAGCCUUGACCUUGAAGCAGGCUUCGCUGCUUCGACCCGCCAUAAGAUGGCUAAGGCUUUGAGCGCUUUCACCGCUUGGCUCCUGGCUGAGUUUGGUUUGCCACUUGUUGCGGUUACUUCUUCCGCUUCAACUGUCGCCCUUGCCUUGCGCGCUUUUGGUCUCCACCUUUACGCAGGCGGGCACCCGCGCUACUUGCUAGUGUAUGCAAUCACUUCAAUCCAGGAUCGUUUCCCAGAGUUUCGUUCGCACUUGUCUCCAGCCUGGCAGGUGGAUCGAAAGUGGCAGCUUGCCGAACCGGGCGAAUGCCGCCCCGUCAUCUCUCAACCUAUCCUUCAAGCUGCCAUCGGCCUUGCGAUUUGUUGGGGCUGGUAUGAUUGGGCCGCCGUCACUGCCGUCGGGUUCCUUUGCAUGCUCCAUCCUGCUGAGAUGAUCCCACUGGUCCGUCAAGACCUUGUCUUCCCUGCCGACGCACUUACACGCGACCCGGUUGCUUAUGUGCACAUUCGCAACCCCAAAACGCAGCGGUUUGCGCGGCGCCAGCACUCUCGGCUGGAAGAUCCUUUGGUUCUUGAAUGGCUCCAUGCCAUGUACUUCGACCUCCCUCUUCAUGCUCGCCUCUUUCGAGGUUCAAUGCAUGUUUACCGUCGUCAGUGGAACGCUGUAAUGUCGCGCCUCGGCGUCCCGCACCAGCUGGCGCAGCGCGGCGCUACACCUGGUGUCUUGAGAGGUUCAGGGGCCACUUUCCUUUACCUUGAGACGGAGGACUUGCCUUUAGUGGCCUGGAGAGGGCGGUGGAGCAAAACUAAAACAGUAGAGUUCUACUUGCAAGAGGUGGCGGCGCAGCUUCUGUUGCACAGGUUCACCUCGAAGCAAAAUGCUUCGCGCCCGGGAGACUUCGCAUCUGCAGGCGAAAAGGGGAAUCUGCUUGGGCUUUGCAGUGCCUCAGCGAGCCUUCGGUUCACCUCGAAGCAAAAUGCUUCGCGCCCGGGAGACUUCGCAUCUGCAGGCGAAAAGGGGUCAGCAGAGGCUAACUCAGUCAGUGUCGGCGGCUGGAGCGACGGAAGUUGCUACGAGAAGAUCCAGUUGAACUACCUGGAAGAAGAGCUCGAAAAGAGCAAAUCGAAAAUGCAGCGGGACGAGCUGUGGAAGACUAUCAUGGCCAACAAGAAAGAGCUGAAACAGCUCUAUCUGGACCUAGGCAAGGGCAAAUCCCCUCCACAGCCUGCAAAAGGCAAGGCGGCAGCAAAGGCUGCUACCCGGGAUCCGCCAGGCUCAUUUGCAGAUCAGCCUGCACAAGGCUCAGAUCCAACAGCUAGCGACGACGACACUUGCAACGAACCACAGCCCGAGCAGGGCCAAAAGGACAAUGACGACGACAAGCCCGAAGAGGGCAAGACGAGGGUGAAAGAAGAGCCCGACUACAACUGA